AUGAAUGCAGAGGAGGAGGAGAAGACGUCACCCUCUGACAGAACUGUAGCUCUUUCCGCAGAAGAGGAGCUUCAGAAACUUCAGGAAAAAACAAAUGCAUGGAAGAAGUCUGUUGCUAUUCAGUUAAAUGAGGCAACGAAGAAAAAUAAACAAUUACGUGAAGAGCUAAAGGAGUCUAACGCCAAUCAUGAGGCGGAAAUGGCUUCUUUGCGUGUACAGCUCGACAGAGAGUUUCGUGAGCGUACAGUGCUUAAGGAUGAGGAAAUUACUCGUCUACAAUUACAAUUAGGGAAGCUGCGGGAGGAAAAGCGGUUAAUGGCGGAACAACACGAAAAAGAAAUAGAAGACACCGCCACUCGUGUGCGUGAGACGUGUCAGUUGGAAAGUGCCUCACGUAAUGAGGCGGAUCUCGCCCAGCGUGAGGCGGAGUCCCGUCAACUACGAGAUGUGAUUGAAAGUAAAGAAAAAGAUUUAUUGCAUGCGGAACACGAAGUGGCUGUUUUAACCGCACGUCUUGAAAGACUUGGGGAACAGUACAAGGAACUCUCAACACUCAUGACGAACAACACCGACAUGGAUGCUGGUGAGAAUAAUAAUCAUAGUGAUGGGGAUAGUACACUCCAGAAUGCUCUGAAGAUGAGUGAUGUAGCACAUCAGCAGCAACUGGAGGCGGCACGAUCGGAGUUGCGCAGUCUGGAGGAGAAAAAUGCCAGUAAAUUACGAGAUGCUCAACGAUCAUUUGAAACAGAAAGACAACGUUUAAUGGAUGAUUUAUAUCAACGAGAAGAACAACUUGCAACACUACAUACACUCUUACGACAGGCACAGAAUGAAGCGGCGACGGCACAACAACGCAUUGCAGGUGCACGAGCAGAGAAGGAACGGUCAGAGCAGCGGCUUACCGAAAAGGUAGCGGCUCUUAGCAAAGAAUUAGCAAACCGAAUGGAAGAAUCUCAAAAACUUACGGUUGAAGUAGAACGUUUGAAUCGAGAAGUAAAUAGACAAGAAACACUUGUACGAAGUUUAGAAGAAGAGGCAAGUAUGCGUGAAGAGGCUUUUACAUCAUUAAUGCUUUCAGAAGAUAGUAGAGCCCUUGUACAAGGGCUUCAAACAGCAUUACAGGAAAGUCGUGAAGAAGCUGAGUUAUGGCGUUGUAGAUAUGAAGAAAAUAUGCAAAGAGAAGGACGUGGUACAGCUGUGGUGAUACGUGGGGAUGAUGAAAAUGAGAUGAAUGGAAAUACCUCGCAUGAAUUAGAACAACACAGAGAAGCAUUAGCAGCAGAGGCUUUAAGAUUAAAAUCUAAAGAAAAAAUGCUGAAAGCGACAGAGCAACGACUUGAAGAACUUAAACGUUCCAUGGCCUCACAAGCGAGUCUUAUAUUACAACAACAUGGCGGGGACGAAAGUGGACGCAGAAAAGAUGUUGAUGGAUCAGGAAAAGAACGACGUGGAGGUACACUUUUUAACGCUCCACGAAGGUAUAUGCAGAUGAUGCGGGAACAACAAGGGGAUGAAGGUUUCUUUUCAUUAAGGCGAUUUGCUUCUUAUUUUCUUUUUAUACGAUUACGUACGGCAUUACCAUUGUUCCUUUUAGCAGUUUCACUAUUUCUCAUAUUUCUUGUGAGUCGACGAGCGGCUGUCACCCGUGAACCGUCAUUAAUAGGACAGCCUAUGAGGUAA